GACAAACUACCUGGGAAGUAUUGCAGGUGCUUGUGCGGGCGGGACUGGGGCGCGAAUCCAUAGGAACCACUGAAGAGGGAUAAUUCACACGGACAGGAAGAAGUUGUUGGAGAACAGCGCUAAACACUCCCUUUGGGAAAAAUGUGGAGUAACACAGCAAUGGAAAUUGAAUAACAGGGCAAACGUAAUAGAAAAAGUAUGAAUUAAUUUAAAAAGUAUAAUUUGUACAAGAACGUUGUUGUUUUAAACCCACGAUUUUUUCAUCCGCAUAAACAACAGAAAGGAAAUACACACUUACCUGAGAGCCGGUGCAGCGCGUAUGCCUUUCUGAAAACUGCACAGAUGAAAGGGAAUGCAAGUCCGAAAUAACUCCACAUCACCGAGAGUGUAGGCCUUAUGCUGAAAGUUGUAUUAAAUUAAAAUUGCCAUGGCAGAGGAGAUAUUUUGUAAAGUUGUCAACGUAAUUUUAAAGUGUAAAGAUUGCGAGGACAGGAGAGCGAGCAUUAGACUAACAGUUGAAACUCGGAGUGCAUCAAACCCAGUCCACAAAAAGGAUUUGAUCGUCCGGCUAACUGAUGACACAGAUCCUUUUUUUCUAUACAACCUCACGAUCAGUGAAGAAGAUUUCCAGAGCCUAAAAUGCCAGCAAGGAUUGUUAGUAGAAUUUUCAUCAUUCCCUCAACGAUUUAUAGACCUUUUAGAACAAUGCAUCUUGGAGCAAACAAAAGAAGUGCCAAGGUUUUUACUGCAAUUGGAAGCAUCAUCUUCAGUCCUAGACAGAUUGCCGGCCAGUUUGAAUGUAAUAGAAACAAACCCAUUCAAACACCUUACUCACCUUUCACUGAAGCUGCUCCCAGGAAACGACAGUGAUGUGAAGAAAUAUUUAGCAAUCUGUCUCAAAAGCUUAAAGACAGAAAAACAUAUGCUGGAGGAAAAGCUUCACAGUACUGAAGAUGACCUAUCUAAAAGAUUAAGUAUAACUCAGCAGACUUUGGCUGAAAAAACUAAAGAAUUAGACGGGUUGCGGAAUGAAUGGUCAUCUCACGCCUCCUUGCUGACAAACCGGCACACUCAGGACGUUACAGCUGAGAGAGAGAAAUCUCUGCAGAUUCAGUCCCAGUGCCAGAUAAAAUAUGAACAACAGAAAAGGGAGAUGGAGAUGGCACACAGCAGAGCAGUGCAGCACUUAGAAAGCAGAGUAGCAGAACUGGAAUCCACCAACAAAGAGCUCACAGAGAGAAAGUACAAAUCAGACUCUGCAAUUCGAGAGCUGAAAGCUAAGCUGACAGGCCUGGAAGAGGAUUAUCAUCGAGCUAAACAAGAAGUAAUUUCCUUGAGAAGAGAGAAUUCUACCCUAGAUUCAGAGUGUCAUGAAAAAGAGAAGCUACUGAAUCAGCUAAGGACAAGGACAGCUGUCUUGGAGCAGAAAGUAAAAGAUAAGGAGCAAGUUGUCACAAGGACAACAGAUGAGUUUGAAACUGCAAAGGAGCACAAGAAAAAGUUGGAAGAAAGUGUGGAACACAAACAGUUGCUAAUUGGAAAUUUUGAAGCCACUGUGAAAUCCCUGUCAGAGGAGCUUUUAAAGGCCAAUGAAAUUAUAAAAAAGUUGCAGGGGGAUAUGAAGAAACUAAUGGAAAAAAUGAAACUAAAAAAUGCUGUUACUAUGCAACAAGAGAAACUUCUUACAGAAAAGGAGCAAAUGCUUCAAAAAGAAACAUUGGAGCUGGACAACUUGAAACGUGCAUUGGAACAAAAGGAAGAUGAGGCCUCAAAGCUGCAAGAACAACUUGAUAGCACAGCACAAAAAUUGGAUGAAAGUAAACAGUUGCUUAAGACAAAUGAAAAUGUGAUAUCUUGGUUGAAUAAACAACUAAAUGAAAAUAAGAUAGCUUCGGUGCAAGGAACAGCUGGGUUCUGUGAUUCUGCCAUGCCUGGUAGCAUCUCAUCAAAGCCUUCCAUGAUGCAGAACAGCCUGCAGCAGCCCCCAGCUCUCUACAGCACUCCUUUCUCUGUCCCCCUGAUGCCCCAGCAUGCCCCUUCUGCCCAGCCUUCAGAUAACUAUUCUAAGAUCUUUGCUUCUUCGAUUGGAAUGCAUACAGCAUCUUUUGGCCCCAGUAUGAUUAGACACAGACCCCAGGUGCGUUUCAGCCCCCUUUCAAUGAAUAGUGCAACCCCUAGUGCAUCUGAACCGAGACCAGGUCCAUCAACUUCCACUCCUAUGAUACCUCAUACCUCAGAUAAAAAUGAUGCUCCUGGAUUAGACAUGAAGUACUUGCAAAAGAGCAUUCCGCUCAAAGCACAGAAGGGCCACAAUCCCUAUAAUGCAGUGCCAGCUAGAGCGCUGUUAUCAAAUCAGGUAAAACCACAAACAUUAUCAGCCUAUUUUCCAGGGCAGCAGUCAAAACUCCCAGCAUCAUGAACAUGAAAUAGAGAAGUUAAAAGACUACAGCUCAAAAAAAAAAAAAACCUGCUGAAAUGUGCUUCCCGUGGAAUUAAUCCAACUUCUAGUUCUCAAAUGAUAAAUUAACAAAGUGAAAUAAUAUAGGUGCUCAUUCAAACUGCCAGAUUUCAAUCUUAUUUUUUAUCACUGGGAUGUGACUUUUAUGUGUAUUUUCUGUCUUCAUUGCUCGUACCAAAGAACUGUAUUUGUGUAAAUCUUUAAUUCUAGCACUUGUGGGUAUAAUUGUGUGUGUUCAACAAUUACUGCAAAGAUAAACCACUGAAAAAAAUGCUUAUUUUUCAAUGUAUUAUCCUUUUUAAGAUAGUUGGGUCUAUUUUAAUGAUAAGUAGUGGAUAUUCUAAUACAAGCCCUCUAAGAAAGUAUCCUCAAAGAUGUGCCAGAUGUGCAUAUUUAUGCUUAACACAAUCUGAAAUACUGCAUUACUAAUGUAGUAGAGGGACUAAAGUCAUUACAGUCUACUACUGUCUGCUGUGGAUCUGUUUUUGUGCCAUUUAAAAAAGUCUGUAUUUUGAAGUAGUAAGUAGAUAGCUACAGUAAAUGUAAAAAAAAAUAUAUCAUAAUAACCUUGAACUUAAGAGGAAUAAACAUAUGCCCAUACCAAAAAACUUGUAAAUCUGUAGAUUUCAAAAUGCUCCAUAAGUAAUUCUGAAUGUAUUUUAUAACUUAGUUUGACUCAAGGGUAUCUAUUUUUGUUAUUUCAGUAUUAUGGAUUUCUUUAUCUAUCUAUCUAUCUAUCUAUCUAUCUAUCUAUCUAUCUAUCUAUCUAUCUAUCUAUCUAUCUAUCUAUCUAUCUAUCUAUCUGUCUGUCACACAUUUAAAGUGGUUCCUUAUAAUCUUCUGCAUUAUGAAUACUCUCCAUGCUUUGUCAAAUAUUGGUUUUACAACCUUUAUAUUUUAUAUAUUGAAUAAUGCUUUGCUAAAACUAACCUUUACUAUGUCUUAAGGGUAUAUUGACUGUUAUUGGAGAUAAGCCAGGGAAACAAAUGUAUAGUACUGUGUAUUUUAUAUUUAAAUAUUCAUGGUUCACACAUUGUUGGAGUAAUUUUGAAUAAAUUAUGUGUACUUUUGCAAUAAAGAUUGAAGACUAUUUGGUGUGCAAUUUAAAUAUGCUUUUGAAGUGAAAACACUUGUACUUGUUAUGUUGGUUUAUCACUUAUAAACUGUACUAGAUCAUACAACAUACCUAUUAGCAAUGGGGCUCUAUGUUUUGGAUCUAUAUAUUGUUUUAUUAUGUUCUUUUUAUACAUUUUACAAAAAC